AUGUGUCCGCAUCCGUGACUGAAAGUGAAAGUGUUUAACCGUUGAACCCUGUGCACAGUGUAGUGUGGCACAGUCUGUUACGGUCUCCCCAGAGAGAAGCGUCUGCCGCCUGUAGAAGAGGAGCGUGUACGGUAAAAGAACAUGGCCUUGCUUGGUGUCCUCUUUAUUUUCUCAGUCAUCUGUAUCAGUACAGGAAAUGCAGGUUUUGUAGUUGUGCAAUGCAGCUCUGAAAAUGUGGGACAGUAUGGCCAGCAAUCACUGCUGGAGUGUGUUGUCAGAGCCACACAAGAUGCAACUGACACACAAAUUCGAGUGGUCACUUGGAAGAAGGAGGGAGAUGAGAACCCCUUACUGCUUUUUCACAAGGGGCAAACUACACCUCUGUCAGGUUAUAAGUUUGCGGAGCCAUCCUGGGACAACAAGAACAUGAACGUGUCUCUGCUCGUCACCAACACUGUGGUGAAAAGCGCUGGAAUUUAUACGUGCAUGGUGGCGACAAACAGCGGUGAUGACGAGAGCAACAUCAGACUUAAAGUCACAGCCAAAUACAGUGUACCAGUUAUACACUCCAGGCCUGAGAAAAUUACUCGAACGGCCAAUGGUACCCUGAUUUGUGAUGCUGAUGGUGGCUACCCACAAGGUGAAAUCCACUGGUUUGUUGAUGACAAGACAGACUGGGCAAAAGGCUCUAAAAUGGAGGUGACAGAGACAGAAAAUGGUCUGUUUAACCUCACUAGUGAGCUGCCUUUGCUGCAAGGAUCCAAUUUCUCCAAGUAUACCUGCGUAGUGUUCAAUGCCAGUGGGGGCGAAGAAAAUGAGUUCAUAUAUGAAGUACAAGACCUAUCAAAAGUGAUUUCUGGGCCUCCAGCCUCCAAAAUAGUUCCUCCUGUGGUGAUCAUCGGGUCGCUGAUCGUAGGAUUGCCGUUGGCGCUUCUGAUUUGUAGAAGGCGAAAUCAACAGGCACGGAGGCACUCCACAGCACCCCUCAUGCGUGACCAUCAAGAGGUUGCUCAAGAGGAAGCAGAUCAUGAUAAAGGUGGGAAGCCCACAGGGGCGCUGUGUGGGGAACCAUCAGUACCCCUGAGGAGAGGAGGGAACCACACCACCAACCACUCUUCAGACACCCCUGUCACAGAAGAUCCUCUACGUGAUCGUGUUUCAGAUCCGGACCAAUAGGAGGAUGACCCUCCAGCCAAGGAGCCCGCUGCAAGAGUACCGUCUGGCCGCAGGGAUCCACCCACAAACGCAACUGUGAAGAUUGUGUUUGCUCCAGGAGCACUUUCACCAGAGAAGAGCUUUAAAAUCAAAACUACAACCCUUGUGGAUUUAUAUACUCUGUACAUAAAUAUACUGUGCUCACACACCCUUUGAAAGUAAGAUUUUAAUCAAUAUCUCAAUGAGCACGAGAACAAUUUCCAAAAUUUUGACAAGACUGAGUUUUAUAGAACAUUUGUUUAACUCAUACCAUGCAAGUAAGGUUAAUAAUAUAACUUAGAUUACAAAAUCUUCAGUUUUACUACAAUUAGUUGAUGCAAAAAUGAAUACACCCCCACAACAAAAAGUACUACAUCUAGUAUUUUGUAUGACCUCAAUUAUUUUUAAGGGCAGCACCAAGUCUUCUAGGCAUGGAAUGAACAAGUUGGCGACAUAUUGCAACAUCUAUCUGGAUGCUGGAUGGAGAGUGGUGCUCAGCUUGUCUCUUCAGAAUUCCCCACAGGUGUUCGACUGAGCUCAGAUCAGGAGACAUACUUGGCCACUGAAUCACUUUCACCCUGUUCUUCUUCAGAAACGCAACAGUGGCCUUAGAUGUGUGUUUUGGAUCAUUCUCAUGUUGGAAAAGUGCACGACAACCAAGGGCACGGAGUGAUGGUAGCAUCUUCUGUUUCAAUAUAGAGCAGUACAUCUGUGAAUUCAUGAUACCAUCAAUGAAAUGCAGCUCCCCAACACCAGUAGCACUGAUGCAGCCCCACAUAAGGACACUGCCACCACCAUGUUUCACUGUAGGCCCCAUGUAUUUUUCUUUGUACUCCUCACCUUUGUGAUGCCAUACAGUUUUGAAGCCAUCAGUUCCAAAAACAUUUAUCGUGGUCUCAUCGCUCCAGAGUAUGGAGUCCCAUGAGUCUUCGUCACCAGGGACCCUGGUAAAUUCUAGGCAGGCUUUUUUGUGUGUGGGUUUUAGGAGAGGCUUCCUUCGUGGACGACACCCAUGCAUGCCAUUCCUCUGCAGUGUAUGCCGUAUUGUGUCACAGGAAACAGUCACCACAGUUAGGCUUUCUACUACUUUAGCUAACUGCAAUGAACUUGCAUGGCGAUUUUCUUCAACCCUUCUCAUCAGUAGACAUUCCUGUUGAGAUGUUAACUUCCAUGGACGGCCUGGACGUCUCUGUGAGAUGGUUCCAGUUCCAGUUUUGUAUCACUUUUGCUGCAGUAUUCUGACUGAUAAAGCUUUGCUGAUCUUCUUGUAAUAUAUAGUCUCCUAUAGAAAAUGUUGAUUCUGAAGGGAAUCAAAAGGUUUUCUGACAAAUCUGUUGGGGUGUACUCAUUCAUGCUGAACACUGUAUAUACAUUGCAUAUUCCACCACAUUGUAAAUAUGUUGAUAUGUUCUUGUUCUGUUUAUAUUUCUGUUUAUUAUUUACUGCAUACACCACCAAUGCUGCAGCAAAUUCCUUGCAUGUAAAAACAUACUUGGCAAUAAAACCAGAUUCUGGUUCUGA